AUGGCUCCUCUCCUUUCCCCACCGCUGCUCGCGGACUCCGUCACCAAGUUCCAUGCGGCCUCAACGGCGGUCCCCUGCUCCGGCAGCUCACAGCGAUAUGCCAUCACGGGGUUGGUCGGGGCCGGAAGAGGAGGCCGUCACCGGUGUCGGAGGACGUGGGGAAGGAGGGGCUUGAGGGUGGUAGUGGUGGCAGCGGAGUCCCGCAGCUCGGAGGGGGGCGUCGCUGAAGAUUAUUACGCUGUUCUUGGCGUGAUGCCAGAUGCAACACCUAAGCAGAUCAAGAAAGCGUACUACAAUUGUAUGAAGUCAUGCCAUCCUGAUCUUAGUGGGAACGACCCUGAUGUGACGAAUUUCUGCAUGUUUAUCAAUGAGGUUUACACGGUGCUUACCGAUCCCAUCCAGCGGGCGGUGUAUGAUGAGAUCCAUGGAUACGCUGCGACUGCAACCAACCCUUUCUUGGAUGACAGUGCACCCCGGGAUCACGUGUUUGUCGAUGAGUUUAGCUGCAUAGGAUGCAAGAACUGUGCUAAUGUGUGCUCUAAGGUCUUUCAAAUUGAGGAAGAUUUUGGACGGGCAAGAGUUUAUGACCAGUCAGGCGACAUAGAACUGAUUGAAGAAGCUAUUGAGAGCUGUCCAGUUGACUGCAUUCAUUGGACUUCAGCUGCACAACUUUCGCUCCUUGAGGAUGAAAUGCGCAGAGUAGAGAGAGUAAAUGUUGGAUUGAUGCUUGCUGGGAUGGGAGGUUCAAUUGAUGUGUUCCGGAUGGCAAGUUCACGCUGGGAGAAAAGACAAGCCAAAGUCCUGGAAAAGGUGAGAAGGCGGAUGAGCCAAGAUGAUUCCAGUAAGGGCGGCUCAUGGAGUGAUAUCUGGGGAGCACCAACGAGAUACCAGAAGAACGAGGAGGAGGCAAAGGAGAGAGCAAAGCGAGCUGCGGCUGCGGCGAGGAGGUGGCGAGAGUACUCAAGGAAAGGCGCCGACAAGCCCCCCACAUUCAAACUUCCAGAGGCAGUGUCCAACAAGGAGUGAGAACACGGUAAUUGGAGACUUGUGCAGUACUCCAGCGAUACUUUAACCCCCCAAUUUACAUCAUGUAUAGUAUAGCCUAAUUAUUCACAGGAGAGCCGUAUCCUGUAUAGCGGUAGCUCUCUCGCCCUCGAUUCCAUAUCCUAUACCUGUAAAUCCUCUGUUAGUGAUAGCUCAGGUCGUCAAUUGCCCAUAGAGUUCAGAUCCCAGACGCAAAACAAACAACUGUACACAAAAAUGUGGCACCUUGGUACUCUUACAAUCAUGAUUUAGUAUGAAGCACGGACAGAUGCAUA